GUCAGACUAAGAUGAUUGUAAAAAGCUGUGUAUUUUUUACUGAUAAGAUUUAAUCCUCAAAUGUAUUUUUGCAGUAUACACUUUGUAAUGUUCACCAAAAACUUCAAGUUUAAGCAAAACCUUUAAUUCUUAAGAUUUUCUGGGUAGAAAAUACUUUGUGGCUAGGUGAGAAACUGAAUUUUCAGUGUGUAGUAAGUAUUUUCCAGAAAAUGCUCCUGGUUUGGUGGCAGUGACUGAACAGCCUGAGAAGGAAAGCGUGUUUGUGUCACUGUGCAGUUAAAGCUACAGUGGACAGUGAUUGUAUAGAAAAGGAUGAAAAGUAUGAUUGUGUAUAAAAGUAUGUAUAUAAAAGGCUGCUUCUGUAGGUAGGCUGUGAUACAGAAAUAGAUCCAUAAAUUAUCAGGAAAGCUGCACUGAUACCAUGAAGGGCACUGGUUGCAGCCAUGCAGAGGUGCUGUGUUAAUUGUGGUGCCUUGGCUGCCUCUGAGAGCUGCUGGGACAGCAUGGUGCCUGAGAACUGGCAUUGCCAGCCUGGGCUUUCCCCACCAAACCCAUGGAAACACUGAGAAUGUGCUUUGGGAUGGAUGCUCCUCUAUGGCAUGGUGGUUUAUAGCCCUGCUGAGUUUAUUUGGUUUAUUAGGUGAAGCUGUAAAGGACCCCACAGCUGUAGAAAGAGCAAAUUUAUUAAACAUGGCUAAACUGAGUAUCAAAGGACUCAUUGAAUCAGCCUUGAGCUUUGGGCGCACUCUGGACUCUGACUACCCACCUUUGCAGCAGUUCUUUGUUGUCAUGGAGCACUGCCUGAAGCAUGGCCUGAAAGUAAGAAAAUCCUUUCUGAGUUACAAUAAAACCAUCUGGGGUCCUCUGGAACUUGUGGAGAAAUUAUAUCCAGAAGCUGAGGAAAUAGCAGCAAGUGUCAGAGAUUUGCCUGGCCUUAAGACUCCGCUGGGCCGCGCCCGGGCCUGGCUGCGCUUGGCGCUGAUGCAGAAGAAAAUGGCCGAUUAUCUUCGCUGUUUAAUCAUUCAGAGAGACCUCCUCAGUGAGUUUUAUGAGUAUCAUGCCCUGAUGAUGGAGGAGGAAGGAGCAGUGAUUGUUGGGCUCUUAGUUGGGCUGAACGUGAUCGAUGCCAACCUGUGUGUGAAGGGAGAAGACCUGGAUUCACAAGUUGGGGUGAUCGAUUUCUCUGUGUAUUUGAAGAGUGAUGAUGACAUUGGGGGCAAGGAAAGAAAUGUACAGAUUGCUGCAAUAUUGGACCAAAAGAAUUAUGUUGAGGAACUGAACAGGCAACUGAAUAGCACAGUUAGCAGUCUACAUGCAAGAGUUGACUCACUGGAGAAAUCAAACACUAAACUGAUUGAAGAGUUAGCAAUAGCAAAAAACAAUAUAAUUAAACUUCAGGAAGAAAACCAUCAAUUAAGGAGUGAAAAUACUCUGAUUUUAAUGAAAACACAGCAUCAUCUAGAGGCAGCCAAGGUGGACGUGGAGGCCGAGCUGCAGACGUACAAGCACUCGAGGCAGGGCCUGGAUGAGAUGUACAGCGAGGCGCGCCGGCAGCUGCGCGAGGAGGCUCAGCUGCGCCAGGACAUGGAGAAUGAGCUGGUGGUUCAAGUCAGCAUGAAACACGAGAUAGAGCUGGCCAUGAAGCUGCUGGAGAAGGACAUCCACGAGAAGCAGGACACCCUCAUCGGCCUGCGGCAGCAGCUUGAUGAAGUUAAAGCCAUUAACGUGGAAAUGUACCAAAAGCUGCAGGUUUCUGAAGAUGCAAUGAAAGAAAAGAAUGAAAUAAUCAGUCGAUUAGAGGAUAAGACCAAUCAAAUUAAUGCAACUAUGAAACAACUAGAACAAAGUGACAAAGAUCUGUUAACUCAAACUAGGACUAUUGCAAUGUCAUUCGUCAAAUGUGCCAGCAAUGAGGCUCAGCACCAGUACAAACUUGUCAAGGAUAUAUCAUUCUGAGAGCUCCUCCAGGCCUCUUGUGUUCAAAUAACUGCUGAUAAAACAGCACUUCAGAGGUUUCCAGUUCAAACUUGAAAGUGGUGUUAGAAAUCCUGCACUGUAACUGAUCGUAGCUGGGUUCUGGUUUGUGUUCUGAAAGAACAUCACCUCCGAUCUCACUUUACCCCUCCUAAAAAAAAACACAAAAAAAGAAAAAAAAAAGUAAAUUACUGCACUAUUAUUAAGCAAAUGUAAGCUAGUUUUCUAAUGCUAUUGAAUCACUUCUUUGUCAAAUUUUAUUUUAAGAGGUUAGAUAUCUUUAUUUGACUGUACAUUUUUAUGACGCUUAAAUCACUAAUUAGUGAUUUUCCCGGUUCUUUGGUACUAAGAGAUUUACAAAGUAGCCCUUCUGGCUAAACCUUCCCUUGUCCCUGCUCACUCCUUUCACUUUUAGGCUGUAUUUACCCCAAAAGCACGCUGUCUGUUGGGUUCUGUGGUUGGCAGGAGCAGCAGUGGCAGGAGCUGGAGCUGAGCUGCCUCAUCUCUGCAGUGUGAGUGCACUGAGGGGAUGCUCAAGCUCCACCUCCCUGGUGUCCUGGGGUAAAACACUCUCCUGGAGUCACAGUGUGCUUGGAGCCUGAUUCCUGAGUGCUCCAGCAAAAAUCCUGUGCCUGCUGCCCUGGGAGGGGGAGCAGUGAGCAGGAUUUGCAGUCAGGGCCCUGAACCUGCCUAACCCGUUUGUCAGCUGCGUCUCUGACCUGGGAUCAGCCCUGUGCUUGUGCCCACAGCCUUUCCCUGCCUCCCUCUGCUGUGAGCUGCUGCUUGCCUGCGCUGCAGGAGAGGAGCUCGGCUGCUCACUGCCCUCAGUACACUCCCUGGUGUUUGCUCUGAGGGCUGCAGUGGGUGUAGAGUGGGAAAAUGGCCUUAGAGUUUUGCAGCAGAAGGGGAUGUUUGUGAAAGUGGGGACAGGAUGCAGUCAGUCAGAAAGGGUUUCUGUUGCAUGGUUAUGUACCGGCUUAUUCCUUGGUUUGGAAGAAGAAACAGCCUUUAACAUGAGCUGGCUACUAAAAAUUAGCUAUCUUCUAACUGUCUUCAAAGAAAACCCAAACCAGAAACACAGAUUAGAACAACAGGAAGACCGUGACAGAAAUGGAAGCCUUAUCCACCUCAGUGUUAUCUAUGCAAACAAGUGUUUCCCACAGAAUGAUCUGCAUGCCAAACCCAGCUCAGCACCUGCCUGAGCCCAGCAGUGCAGCCAGCCCUGGUGCUGGGCUGGGGAUCAUGCUGCAGCUUCAGGCUAGCAAGCUCCCUUUCUGCCCUGCUUGUGGGAACAGCUCUGCAGUUGAUUUGGUGAUUUAGGGAAGGGUUUGACGUGCUUUUGGUGUUGGUGUGUUGUGUAGCUUCAGCUCCUGCACUGGGGAGGAACCUGCUCUGUCCCUGCAUUCUCCUUCCACUGCCACUGCAGAUGUGGUGGGAGCAUCCCUCAGGCCCCUGGGGCAGCUGAGUGAGACACUGCACCCUUGAUAAGGGGGUUUAAUUCCAGCCUUGCUCACCUGUUACCCAGCAGCUUUUGGGAACUCCCUGUGGUGCAACUCCAUCAGCAGAAGCACAAAUGCAGGCAUUGCUGACACAUCUUGUUUUUAGCUGACUCUGGCAGCUGGGAGUCACUCUGUGCUCAGGGAGCUGCUGGGGGUGACAGGUCAGCCCUCUCACUGGUUCCUCACUUUCCUGAGAGGCCCUUGAGGCAGUUGUGCAGAACACAGACAUCAGGUGGGGACAUUCACUGGGAUUUUGCAGGCUCCUGUAUUCUCCAGACAGGUGUAACCAUGACAUAGCACAAAUUCCCUUUUAGUACAUUUAUUUUUGUUACCAUGCACCCACCACAGAGGAACCACAGUGAACCAACGCAUUCCAAGGGAAGUGCCAGCUGAACAAACCUGGAAUUCAGAAAGAAAAGAUUAAAUCAAACAACAAACCCUCAUUUCUUGAUUAAUCAUUUUGAUUUGUCUAUAGUAUGGAGCUAUUUUCACCAGUGUAAGAAUGCAUUAUUUUUAAUACAGACUAUUGAAAUGAAUUCUGAUGUAGUUGAGGUAGCUCUGUAAAUGUAGUGGCAGCUGUCAGGGUGUGUUUUGUUGCUAGGCUAGUCCAGUCUCUUGCUGUCUGAUUGCAGUGCUCUGUAGCAACCUUAUGCCUCAGUUGUUUUGAGCUGCUUUUGCACAACUCCUGCUCUGCCCUGUCCUAAAGGGUGAUCAGUGCAAGCCAAGGACUCACAGACCUUACUUGGGGGAAAAAGCUUCAGAAAUAACACAUGAACGUAUGCUAGAGGAAAAAGAAAAGCUUCAGUUCUAAAAUCUGUAUCGUGCUUUGGCACCUGUUAUUCAUGAGCAUAAAUAAAACAAUUAUUACUUACA